ACUUUUCCGUCGCUAUCCAUUUCUUCACUUGGUUUAAAUUUUCGGAUAUUCCCCAUCGAUUCCGCGCCGUGCCGUGUUCUCGUGUAUAUAAAUAAAUUGAUUCACGAUUGGAGGCGCGUCAGUCAAGUGCGUCUGUUCGCGGAGGCGAUCGGAUUGGUGUACGGAAAUGGCGACGAUCUUGGCGGCGGUUUUGGUUUUGAAUGCGGCAGUUUUGUCCAGCGGAGGAAUCACGAGCAGUUUCGUGAGGAGAGAUGAGAAGACGGUGGAUAUGCCUCUCGACAGUGACGUCUUCAAGGUUCCUCCAGGCUACAAUGCUCCGCAGCAGGUGCAUAUUACGCAAGGAGAUCACGAAGGAAAAGCAGUGAUUGUAUCGUGGGUAACUGUAGAAGAACAAGGUUCGAGCAUAGUGUUGUAUUGGGCUGAGAACAGCGAUGAGAAGAAGAAGAAGGCGAAGGGGAAGGUCAUUAAGUACACAUUUUACAACUACACUUCUGGAUACAUCCAUCAUUGCACUGUUCGGAAUUUGGAGUAUAAUACCAAAUACUAUUACAAGAUCGGUAUUGGACACACAACAAGAACUUUCUGGUUCACUACACCUCCACCAGUUGGACCUGAUGCUCCAUAUACUUUUGGUCUUAUAGGGGAUUUGGGGCAGAGUUAUGAUUCAAACAAGACACUUACACAUUAUGAGAAAAAUCCGAAGAAAGGGCAGACUGUGUUGUUUGUUGGUGAUCUUUCUUAUGCCGAUAAUUAUCCUUUCCAUGACAAUAGGAGGUGGGAUUCAUGGGGGAGGUUUGUGGAGAGGAGUGUAGCUUUCCAACCCUGGAUUUGGACUGCUGGAAAUCAUGAGAUUGAUUUCAUUCCUGAAAUUGGCGAAAUGAAACCAUUCAAGCCUUAUAUGCACCGGUAUCACGUCCCUUACAAAGCAUCGAACAGCACCGAACCAUUUUGGUACUCAAUCAAGAGAGCUUCUGCACAUAUCAUUGUUCUGGCUUCUUAUUCAGCAUACGGUAAAUACACUCCUCAAUACAAGUGGCUCGAAGAGGAGUUGCCGAAAGUGAAUAGGUCGGAGACGCCAUGGCUGAUUGUUCUGAUGCAUUCUCCAUGGUACAACAGCUACAACUACCACUACAUGGAAGGAGAAAGCAUGAGAGUGAUGUACGAGCCGUGGUUCGUCAAAUACAAAGUUGACCUUGUGUUUGCGGGCCACGUACACGCCUAUGAACGAUCGGAACGCGUGUCUAACAUUGCGUACAACGUUGUGAAUGGGAUAUGUAGUCCAGUUAGAGACGAGUCGGCCCCUGUUUACAUAACCAUCGGGGAUGGAGGGAAUCUCGAAGGCCUUGCUAACAACAUGACAGAGCCACAGCCGACAUACUCGGCGUUCCGGGAGGCGAGCUUUGGGCAUGCGACAUUGGCUAUAAAGAACAGGACUCACGCCUACUACAGCUGGCACCGGAACCAGGACGGCUUCGCGGUCGAAGCUGACUCCAUCUGGUUCUUCAACAGGAUCUGGCAUUCCAUCCACCAUUCUACUACUGCCACUCAUCAAUAAUAAUAAUAACUGAAAAUGAAUAGGAACAACCAAGGAAAGGUCAGUCUCUCUGUCUGUCUCUUGAUUCUUUCAAACUUCUCCAAUCCUGUUGGGAAGGAAGGAAGGAAUAAAAUAAUGAAUGAAUAAUGACUCUGUGGAUUGGAUUGGAUUCCCUUCAACGUUGCUUUUAUAUUAAGGCCGCUCUCUCUUUCUC